GAAACUACAAAGAUCUCCCUAAUACAAGAAAGAAAUACUACAAACACCAUGAAGACUACUCUGGUCGCCGUUGCUUUCCUCGUACUGGCACUUGGCUGGACCUCUGAAGCUGUGGAAGUGGAGGAGGGUGGCCUGGCCUUCUCCCUGGAGGCUGUGAGGCGACUGCAGGAGCUGACAGACAACAACAUGUUGGCCGCUAAGCAGAACCCUCGCCUCAGGACCAGCACUGUGUCUCUGUGUGCAGACCCCAUGCUGCCCCAAGAGCUGCUGCCCUUGUGCAGACAGAGGGGGGCAUCUGCGUCACUGGCCCGACUGGCGAUGGUCCCCUUGGAUGUGUGUGAGAUCUGCGCUUUUGCUGCCUGCACUGGCUGUUAAAAUAAUCUACAGAAGAAGCCAACAUAUUUUCAAAUCCUUUCUAUUGAUCUUAUAUUAAUACCACAAAAAUUCCAAUGCAUUGUCAUAGUGUUAUGUAUUUAUUAACCAAAGAUAAAGGAAGUUCUAGCUCAUUUAAAUACAGUAAUUUGGCAUGUCUUGCACUGUUACUUUUUCAACAUUUAUGCACUGUAUAGAAAAUACACUAUUUGUUACAUUUCUUUGUUGCCCAAUUUUUAAGACAUUAUUUAAAGUCUUUACAUGUUAUCUUCU